ACGCUGCGAUGAUGAAGAGGGGUGUGUGAGCUAUAGCCGUGUGCGCCAUCUCAUUCAGGCGUCCGCAAAAUUUGAACACAAACCUCAACCAUCCCGCUCGCUCCCAUUGAUCACGCUAGAAUCACGCAGCCAGCACUCGAAAUCAGCUGGCGUUCACGUGAACAUUGCAUGCGGCUAGCUCCCAUUUAAAAGGCAUUCGGACGGACUUUGGACUUUGCUUUACGGCUGGUCGUAUUUGUUUUAUUUUGCGUUUGCCUCCCUUGGCUGCAGUACUUAUGUUUCAAUGACGUCGCUCUUCGUCGGUGUUUCACUUGCCGAGAGAGCAGCGCCAGUCGUAUGCGCUAUCUCAUUACCCCCCGUUCAGCGAGCCCUCGUCGGCUUAAUCUGCUAGUCAGCGAAUAUUUUACGUCGAUGACUGUAAAACUAAUGACACAACUCGGCGCACACUUGAAUUAAGCGAUUAUACACACCCAUUCCGCGUGCACGAUGAAGAAGCUUCAGGAACGUUGUAUACGUGACUGAGCGCGUGUUUUGGUUACUUUCCAAGAUGGCGACUGCUAACCUCGAGCAACGCUACUUCAAGCGAGGUGAAGCAAGCGCUAAAACGCAAAUUGGAACAACAACAGUCGCCACGUAUCGCCGAGAUGCAGACUAAAGGUUUCGCCACACCCAAUCAUUCAGAUUUAUCCGAGGAUGAAUCUGAUUUACCACCGCGCAAACGACUAUACGUUCGCGAUCCGGUUCAACUAGAACAACACUACCAUCACACAUCGUCCACAUCGAUGACUCCACCACCAUCGGACUUUUCCGGUUCGGAGGAUGAGAAUACCAAAUCUGCGGAUGAUACCCAAAUGGCACCACCGCAGCGCGAAAGUGUCAUUAUGCGAAUCAACAAAGAUGGAUCGUGUACGGCGGCCAGCGAAACUAAAGAUGAGUCCAAUCUAAACGUAUUUCGCUGCGUCAAGUACAAAAUGGGACGACGAUCACCGUUCGAAAAGCGUCCGGAAGCGUCGCUCGAAUUCCCGAACCAGGACGAGCCCGUUCGGUUGACUAACAAUGAUUUCCCAGAUCGAGUCAGCACACGAGAACCUAUGGUCGCCGCAGUUCCCAGCCGGGUAUUAGAGUCGAGCCAGAAGUGUGCUCCUCUUACCACCGUACCUGUCGUACCUCCACCAGCACCAAAGUCUACUCAAACAGUCAAACCAUCGACCUCGCUUCCCGUCAUUGCACCCAAGAUUCCGCAAAUCAUUCUCGCCACCCAGAACGGCUUUAUCCUAGUACCUCCGCAAAUCUCACAAAACCUGCUAUCGACUGGUAACGGUAAAGCAAUUCUGGUCCCUCAGCCACAAAACGCAUCCUCCGCGCAGCAGUCAUCGUCGCAAGCCGCUGUCCCGGCAAAACCAGAACGUCGGCGAAUCUACGAAUGUGAACACCCGAACUGUGGUAAAAACUACUUUAAGUCAAGUCAUCUUAAAGCUCACCAGCGAAUUCACACCGGUGAGCGACCUUUCAUGUGCAAGUGGUCUGAUUGCGGCCGCCGAUUCUCCCGGUCCGAUGAGCUGUCCCGUCACAAACGGACCCAUACUGGUGAAAAGAAGUUUGUCUGUCCCGUCUGUCAGCGACGUUUCAUGCGAUCUGAUCAUCUCUCGAAGCACGUAAAACGUCACAACAAGGAUAAAAGUCAAAAAGAUCAACAGCAGCAUCAACAACAACUGCAGCAGACCCAGCAACCCCAAGUUGAACUAGUGCGCUCGCUCUACCCGGUUUCCAUGUACCAACCGACACAGGACGGCGUUCCCGUACAGUUCGUCACGGCUGCCGCGCCUACUGAGAUUCGCGUUCAACCAAUCUACUAAGGUGGCAACGCGCCUGCUCGUUUUAAAGCAAACAAAACAAACUCUUGUACAUAGCUGGAACUGACUAGAUUUUAGCCUAUUUUCUCGUUGUUAACCUGUUUAUUGACAAUCUAUUAUCUGUGGUGUCCCUUCAGAACUUUCCGCAGACGCUCAUUCCAAGUUACAAAUUACAGCCUAUCUUAUCCAAUUAAACGUUUCGAAGGGAAUGGUUACAAGAGAAAGUUGUGAAUAGUUGUGUUUUGAACCACAAAUAACACUUGUGCAUGCCUAGGGACUUGCACAGAGCGUUUCGUUAUUAUUCUCGUAAUUGUCAAGUUUUCGUUUAAUCUAUCUAUAAAAAUAUACAUAUAAAAUACAUCUGUGAUCGUUUUAAAGUUACAUUAAUUUUAGGACCAAUGCGUCAUUCAACUGAUUGUGUAUGGUUUAAGUAACUUAUUUGACAGCGCUAGGAAGGUUUAAGUUCACCUGUUUGUUCAAAAUCGAACUGUUUAAAAAAAUACUUUGUUUUCUUUUUUGUUUGUAAUGUAUGUAUAUAAGAUUGGGAAGAAUGAGAAAAGUAUGAAUUAUGAAAAAAUACAAAAACUUUCAC